AUGCAUUUCAACACCAUGACCCUGAUGCUUGUUUCUGCCUUGGCCACUGGCUUAAUGGCCACUCCAAUUCAGGAGCAGGACGCAGUCACCGAUUGGGUAGAGCACUCCCGGGAGAUUGGAAAGACCGGUGGUCAUCUCAUCUACUUCGGUCCUCGGAACGGUACUGAGACACCGGAGUCUCAGGAGGAGGGCAACACCCUCCAGCAGCGGAGCUGCGGAUAUAGCAGCAAAGAGCCAAACAUUCCCAAAUCGCCACGACAGAUUUGCUACCAAGGCGACUCCGGGAAGAACACGUUUUGCUGUGUCUCUUGGCACAAUGCGAUCACGGGCCUCAAGAAAAAGGACCUCGCACCCUACGCAGACAAAAUCCUGAAAACAUGCACCCAAAAUGCGAUCUCAGGAAAGACGAGUGAUGUUCAUGUGCACCAUAAGUGUACCGAUGUUUGCCUGUCUAACCGUGGAACUCACUGUUAG